UUGUAAACUUCCGAGCUAGGCAGUGACAUCUCAGCCUUCGACACACUCGCUCAGUAGACAUUCGGCUGAGACUGCGACUUCCUGGUGGCAGAGUGCGGGUGAAACUAGGUCUAUACCGGGGUAACGAAAAACAACACAAGGUCAGAAUGGCGGACAGAGAGGACUCGAGGAAGGACGCUUCUGCGGAAAAGAACGCCGCCACACGCUUCGGUCUGGAAGAUCACGAGGCAAAUCAGCAGGAUGCACGAGUAACCACAUUGAGGUCGGAUCACGAACGGCGUUCCUUAAUGAUGCCGGCGGACGGACGGCGGUACAACAAGUCGACCUCACGGAUAAUGAGCGUCAACGACGCAUGGUCCAUCCCCAGGAGUCCUGAGGAGGAGCGAGAGUCCAAGGCCCAGAAUGACUCUGAUCGCAAGGCCAGUGACAACAACGAUACGUUGGUGUUAAAUAAGUCCACGUCUAAAGUUCACGAAGCGGAGGUACCCAGUUCGGUUCGCGCCUACGACGCCGAUAGCUCUGAAACGGAUGCAGAAAGGAAGAGUUCAUUUACCCCUGUGGUUACACCGGCAUCAUUCCCGAUGGUGGUGCCAAAGCUAGGGAUAACUCCGGAAGGAUUAUCGGACACCGAUGGUGAUUACAAAAUGCAGCCACCAAAGGAAAGACCAGAGGAUCUGCCUAUGCCACCGCCCAUCAUGAUGCCAAUAACGCCCUGUGAAUCCAAAGCUCUGACUGCGGUCGGCAGCGGCGAAGACGUGCAGAGCUCUCUAAGCAAGUUAACCAACACAGAUGUGACUUUUAAUCCAUCUAAGAAGUUCGCCACCAAGGGCACCAACACGUCCGGCACCAUGAUCGCAGAAAGCGAUUCAGAGGACGAGGACACCUUUCUGCCGGAGUCCUUCUCCGCGAGCGAUCUUAAGAGUCUAUUUCUGCUCGCCUGUCGCGAGGUGAAGUCGGCGGGCGAAAUAGCGCGGGCACAUGAUGAGGAAAAGCAGCAAGACAAAGGUCGGGAGGAGCCUGAUCCGGAGAGCCGCACCGAAAGCUUGGUCGAGUCCACAUUCAUCAAUGCCAUCAGCUCCAGAUUUCCCGAUCACAUAUUCAUUACCGGGGAGCGAAUUGUCAAUUCAGAGUCCGGAAUAGUGGACUUGACGGAUAAACCCACCUGGAUAAUUGAUCCCAUCGACGGGGCCAUGAAUUACGCCCACCACUUUCCGUACUAUUGCAUGUCCGUGGCCUAUUUGGUGGACAGGCAGACAGAGUUCGGUAUUAUCUAUAACCCGCCCAUGAAGAACAUGUACACGGCGCAACGGGAUAAGGGAGCGAAGUUGAACGGCAAGGGUAUAACGGCAACCGCCCAGAAGGACUUGUCCUCAUCACUGGUUCUGCAGGAGUUUGGCUCGGGAGCUAACGAACCGCAAGGCCGCAUGGGAAUGGAAAACGCCCAGCGGUUGGCGAAGGUUGCGCAUGCGAUGCGCUCCAUUGGCUCCCCUGUCAUGGGCCUGGCCAUGGUGGCGUCUGGUGUGGCAGAUGCCUAUUUCAACUUCGGACUGCACAUUUGGCACAUGGCCGCGGGUGUGCUCCUGGUCACCGAGGCCGGCGGCGCAGUGAUAGACCCAGCUGGCGGCGAGCUGGAUAUUAUGUCCCGUCGGUGCUUGGUGGCGUCCACAGACCAACUAGCACAGGACAUCGCAGGCCGCUUGGAACAGAGCUACCCGUCGCCUCGCGACGACGAGCCGUGCAAACCGGAAAUGCAGGACUUCACCAGCCAGACUGACUUCCCCGACACUGAAAGUUCGGAAGCUGAGACCACCGCACCUAACCACUAAACUGUCCAUCAGGAAGUCCAGCUGAAAUUAGCCGAGUAAAAUUAAAUUUAAUAAAUGGACAAUACAGCUGUUUUUAGUCCGGCUACAGACAACAAA